GUCAAAUACAUGCAUCUACGAGGAAGAUCAAGCAUUUCCGGUUGAUUUCAAGACUUUCACUCGUACAUGACCACAUAGCAUACGAUUUUCGAUUCUUCCUCCGCGCGGGGUGUUUCUUACAGGUGGCUUGUAUAGCGCCGGACAAGUGGUAAUAAUCACCCCUCCAUGGGUCCAUAAGGAUGGCGCAUCAUAGCUUAUCAAAUUCUAUUUUGAAACCUCUACCUCACUCAUCGGUAUCGAUUCUUCUGCAGCCAAGUCCUUUCACUGCACCGUUCAUCCUGAAGCGCCCAUGGAUGCACCUCAGUUCAGCCACUUGCCACGAGCAGCGUUCGGCCCGAUAGAGUGUCGGUAUGAGGGAACGGCACUGCUUCAUAACUCAUACCUUAACAAAGGCACUGCAUUUCCAGACGACGAAAGGAAAGAGUUCAACCUGAUUGGUCUUCUACCACCGAAUGUACAGACGCUUGAUGAGCAAGUCGAGAGAGCGUACCAGCAAUACAAGACUCGUGUGGAUGACCUGGCUAAGAACACCUUUCUUGCCAGUUUAAAGGCGCAGAACGAGGUGCUCUAUUACCGGCUUAUUCAAACGUACCUGAAGGAGAUGUUUAGUGUGAUCUAUACCCCGACCGAAGCCGAUGCCAUCCAGAACUACUCUCGUCUGUUCAGAAAACCGGAGGGGUGCUUCUUGAAUAUCCGAGAUGUCGACCAAAUCGAAGAAAGCUUUGCCAAUUUUGGAAAGGGCGAUGAGAUUGAUUAUAUUGUCGUCAGUGACGGAGAACAAAUCCUUGGAAUCGGUGAUCAAGGAGCCGGUGCCAUCCUAAUCUCGGUUGCCAAGUUGGUGAUUACCACCAUCUGCGCCGGUAUCCAUCCGUCGAGACAGCUUCCUGUGGUACUGGAUUGUGGAACGGACAAUCAAGAAUUACUCAACGAUGACUUAUACCUCGGUCUACGACAGCCCCGAGUGAGAGGGAAGGAGUAUGAUGCUUUUGUGGACAAAUUCGUGGAGGUUGCGCGGAAAACAUAUCCCAACGCAUUUAUCCACUUUGAGGAUUUUGGCCUUCAGAAUGCAAAGCGAAUUCUAGAUAGACUCUCAUCCGAAAUCGCUUGUUUCAACGACGACAUACAAGGAACAGGCUGUGUCACUCUGGCUGCACUGAUGGCUGCACUCCAUGUGAGCCAGGUGAAAUUCCAAGAUGUCCGGGUAAUCUGUUUCGGUGCUGGCUCUGCUGGCACAGGUAUUGCCGACCAGAUUAGCGACGCGAUUGCAACGGAGACAGGUAAAUCGAAGGCGGAAGCCCUAAAGCAAAUUUGGUGCAUUGAUAAACUCGGCCUGCUUCUCAAGUCUCACGGUGAUAAGCUGACUGCCGCCCAGAGUUCCUUCGCCCGCGAUGACGGCGAGUGGCCCGAGGGAGAGGGCGUCGAUCUCCUUUCUGUCGUCAAAAUAGUCAAACCGCACGUCUUGAUCGGUACAUCUACUAGACCGGACGCAUUCACCGAAGAAAUCCUCCAGGAAAUGGCGAGACAUGUCGAUCGUCCAAUUGUAUUCCCGCUAAGCAAUCCAACGCGCCUGCACGAAGCGAAACCGAAGGAUAUCACCGAAUGGACAGAAGGGCGGGCCUUGAUUGCGACGGGCAGCCCAUUUCCUCCUGUUGAAUAUGGCGGUAUUACAAAGGAUAUCGCGGAGUGCAACAACUCAACCGCCUUCCCAGGAAUAGGUCUCGGAGCAGUGCUCUCUCGGCCCCGGGUCCUGUCCAAGGAAAUGAUCGUGGCUGCGUCCAAAGCACUGGCGGCUAAGGCGCCUGCGCUCCAAGAUCCUAACCAACCACUCCUGCCUGAUGUUGGCGAAGUACGAGAGCUGAGUGUGAACAUAGCCAAGAGCGUUAUACAAACCGCCGUGGACCAAGGAUUAGCCCAGCAAGAGGGAAUCCCGACGGAUGAGAAAACAUUGGAAGAGUGGAUUCGUGCGCAGAUGUGGGAGCCGAAUUAUCGACCGCUCAAGCGAAGUGCAGGGAAUUAGACGGAAGGGCAGUUCAGUUGUGUGCAAGAGCGGAAUUUCUACAAUGUAUGUAAAUGAGCUCUGACACUCUUUACUUAGGGCUUCCCCCAAAGGAAUCCAGAUUCAUUCGCGUCUAGAGGGAGUCCAAAGCCCUAAGCCCCGUCUGUUUAACGGUAUAUAUAUAUAUAUAUAACAAUGUAUAUACACCACAACGCACAUGAAAUACGUAUCUAUUCCGUG